GCCAAAGCGACUCAACAGCAGUCGAGACCGAGAGCUAGAUCUCCAAAUAUCAUUCCAAACAACCAAGUCAGCUCAAAAUAAUAACAAAAACAACAAACUGGGAACUUCUCCCACCUAAAGCGUGCAUGUGGAAAAUAGAUCAACAAUCUGAGCGCUUGAUUUUAGGGAAUGAAAAGAAUCAACAACCCGAAUCUGCAUCAUCUGCUUUGACUAGAACUGGAUAUUUUGUCAUUAUUACUUUUAUUAUUUACCUCUUUGGACCAAGCCAGGAGCAGACUGAGACUCGGUGAGGAGUUUGAACGAAGAGGCAGCACCAGCAUCUUCAUCAUCCUCAUCAUCCCACAGGAGGCUACCUGGUGAUCUCUCUCCCAUCACAGCACAUCACAUCACAUCACAUCACAGCACUCCAGAGAGAUGGCUGCAGCCAAAACGGAGCUCCUGCCUGCUCUGCAGAUCUCAGAUCCUCUGAGCUUCCCUCACUCCCCCAUGGAUUGCUACCCCAAGCUGGAGGAGAUGAUCCUCAUCAACUCCGCCGGCAUCCUCAACGCCUCCACACCGGAGGGCACCGUCUUCGGAUCGGGGGAACCCGGCGAGCAGUACGACCACCUGACUGGAGACACGCUCUCUGAAAUCAGUCUGAACUGCGAGAAGUCCCUGGCCGAGCAGACGUACGGGACGCAGCGGCUGCCCCCCAUCUCCUACACGGGCCGGUUCACCUUCGAACCGGCCACCAACUGCAGCAACAGCCUGUGGACGGAGCCUCUGUUCAGCCUGGUCAGCGGACUGGUGAGCGUCAACUCGCCCGCCACCUCCAUCACCUCUUCCUUGGUCUCCCAGGUCACCGCCUCUUCCUUGGCGACUUCAUCUUCCAGCCCGUCCUCCUCCUCCUCUUCGACGUCCUCUUCAUCCCUGACGUCCACGUCUAGCCCCAACCUGAGCUGCUCGGUGCACCAGAGCGAGCACAACCCAAUCUACUCCGCCGCCCCGACCUACUCCAGCACCAGCCCUGACAUCUUUCCCGAACCCACCACCAACUUCUCAUCGGUGGUGGGCACCUCUCUGCCGUACCCGCCCCCUGCCUACUCCAGCAGCAAGCAGUGCGGCACCAGCUUCCCGGUCCCCAUGAUCCCCGACUAUCUGUUCCCUCAGCAGCAGAGCGACAUCGGCCUGUCCCUGGUCGACCAAAAGCCCUUCCAGACGCAGCAGCCAUCACUCACGCCGCUCUCCACCAUCAAAGCCUUCGCCACGCAAACAGGCUCGCAGGACCUGAAGAGCGUCUACCCCACGCAGCUGAUCAAGUCCAACCGCGGCCGCAAGUACCCCAACAGGCCGAGUAAGACGCCGCCCCACGAGCGCCCCUACGCCUGCCCCGUGGAGACCUGCGAGCGCCGCUUCUCCCGCUCGGACGAGCUGACGCGCCACAUCCGCAUCCACACGGGCCAGAAGCCCUUCCAGUGCCGCAUCUGCAUGCGCAACUUCAGCCGCAGCGACCACCUCACCACGCACAUCCGCACGCACACCGGCGAGAAGCCCUUCGCCUGCGACAUCUGCGGACGCAAGUUCGCCCGCAGCGACGAGCGCAAGAGGCACACCAAGAUCCACCUGCGCCAGAAGGACAAAAAGGCCGAGAAAGCCGGCGCGGUGUCCAGCAGCGUCCAGAACACCAUCGCCUCCGUGUCCAUUUCAGCGGCCUCGCCUGCGUCGAACUACCCCUCUCCCAUCGCUUCCUACCCCUCCCCGGUGUCCUCCUUCCCCUCCCCGGUGGCUUCCUGCUACUCCUCUCCGGUUCACACGUCCUACCCGUCGCCCUCCAUCGCCUCCACUUACCCGUCCAUCUCUACCACCUUCCAGAGCCCCGUGGCCACGUCAUUCCCCAACUCCAUCGCCAGCACCAUCUACAACUCUCCGGUCACGACCCCGCUUACCGACGUGCCAUCCACGCUGUCUCCGCGGACGGGCGAAAUCUGCUGAGACUCUCACCCGUCCCGUCCCGUCCCGUCCCGUCUGACAGGACGACAGAGCUUUAACGGACCUGUUAAUUAACGAAUCCCCUCCAUUCAGAAGCACUUUGCUGCCUGCACUCAAGGACUCAAAGACUUUUCAGGAAAAAAGGGACACUUUCAGUUUUCUGCAGAUCCCUUCGCUUCGAGCGAGGCGUUCGGAACUCGAAGAGCGAUGGACGCUCUUCGGUUCUCCUCCGUACGUCCAGGAGGGGACGGCCGAGCGGAAAGGACUCGCUGUAAACUAAUGCCUGCAGGUUUCAAAGCUCAGACCUUGAUUGAUUGAUUGAUUGAUUGAUUGAUUGAUAUACAUAAGCUACAGUAUCUGUGUGUUGUACACGUGCCAUGUUUAAGUUGGUCGUUUUUUUACGUUCGGUUGUGGAUAUUGGUUUGAAUAUUUGCAUCGUAUUAAUCCUAAAUUCCAGCAGGGCCUCAUGUUUGAUACCUUCUGUAGUCUGUAGUGAUGCUGUGAUGAGUUUCUUUUCUCUCUUUUGUUCUUUCGUAUAAAAGCACUUACGUAUCGCCGCAUGUGUAAGAGUAACGUUACUUUAUCUUCUGUUGUAAAUAAUAUCACCUGAUAUAUUAAUAUCAUCGAUAUAUUAAAUGGACGGAGGGAAAAACCAGGGGAACGUCCAGUCUGAACCUGAAAAUUUUCGGUGCCUUUUGAGAAGCCUCGAUGACUUUCGAGUGGACGCUCUUGCGUCCGGCCUUAAGGUGGAACGGAUUUUAUUUGAUUUUGUUUUUCUUUCUUUACACGGAGAGUCAUUUCAAGGAGCGGAGAGGGACCGCGAGGGCGCUGCGUGCUGUUUUCGGGGUGUAAACAUAAAAGAGAACUAUAUUUUUGUAACUGAAGUGUACAUAUCUACAGGCGACAGAAUGCUGUAGUUACCUACUGAGUAGGCAUGGGAAUUUUUGUAUGUUAUUUACAUGCGUCCAUUUAUUUUGUGGUUCGUUUGUUUUUUUAUUUUUUAUGAUUUUUUUGAUUUUGUAUUUGUGUUUGUUGGAAAAAGUGACUGUUUAUGGCUUCUAAACACGUUGAAUGCGCUUAACUGCCAACGGGAUAUUUGGUGUACGAGAUAUCCUUCCUAAACAGAUACAUAAAUAAAAUAUAAAUAUAUAUAAAUCUAUAGAUUUAA